GCAUUUGGAUGUGUUGGCUUCCAGCCAUGCGCAAACAAUAACAAGGAGCGUUGAAGUGAUAAAGGACAAUAACAAGCAACGGUAAAGGGCAAGUAGUGGAAAGACAGAAACGUGCAAGCCCGGGAGCAAAAUGGAGGGGUUUUUCUUUGGGAAGUGACGCUGCCUCUGGUGCCUAUUAAUGAGGGACUCAGAUUCCCUCCCCUCCGGUGGUGAUGCAGUGAAGCUGCUCUGCGCACAAGCAUGCGCUCUGUAUAAAACGGGUCCUCCUCCACACACGGAUUACACUACACACGCGCGAAGUCACUGCAGCUUCUUCUUCUUUUUUUUUUUUUUUUUUUCUUCUUCUUUCCCCAAACUAAAACAAAUCACAAACCUCACAAGCCAACAUGCACGCGGCGGAGGACGUAAGCUUUUGGAGAUUUUGUCUAUUUUCAUGCCUCUUUUUGCAGAGUUCGUGUCAAGACUUUGGAGGACAGACGCAAUUUAUUUGCACCUCGGUCCCAAAGGAUAUGGACAUAUGCGCGGCCACUUUGCAGAACAGCGUCCCCGGCGACGACUUGAAGAGCACCGUGGUGCAGCUGAGGGAGACGGUCCUACAGCAGAAGGAGACCAUCAUGAACCAGAAAGAGACCAUACGAGAACUGACCUCAAAGUUGGCGCGCUGCGAGAGUCAGAGCGGCGCCGAGGCGGUGGAAGGGAGGCCCGGGGGCAGGAGGAAAGAGGCCGGCACCAAAAACACCAUGGGGGAUGUAUCCAGGGGGCCCGCCGACACUCUGGCGCAACUCUCGCAGACUUUACAGUCGCUCAAGCAGAGAUUGGAGAACCUUGAGCAAUUCAGUCGCAGUAACAACUCCGUGCAGGCCAACGGCCUCAAAGACCUGCUCCAAAGUAAAAUCGAUGACUUGGAGAAGCAGGUGUUGUCCCGAGUGAAUAGCAUCGAGGAAGGGAAGCCCGGAUUGCGCAAUGAGACGGAGCAGCGUGGGAGAGUCGAGUCCACCCUCACAUCUCUGCACCAGAGGAUCACCGACCUGGAGAAAGGUCAGCGGGAAAACAGGCCGCUGGAUAAAUUCCAGCUCACGUUUCCGCUGAGAACCAACUACAUGUACGCCAAGGUGAAGAAGAGUUUGCCCGAGAUGUACGCCCUCACCGUUUGCAUGUGGCUCAAGUCCAACGCGUCCCCAGGAGUGGGCACACCUUUUUCCUAUGCGGUGCCUGGUCAGGCGAACGAGCUGGUGCUCAUCGAAUGGGGAAACAACCCAAUGGAGAUCCUGAUUAAUGAUAAGGUUGCAAAACUGCCUUUCCUGAUCAACGAUGGCAAAUGGCAUCAUAUCUGCGUGACGUGGACCACUCGCGAUGGCGUCUGGGAAGCUUUCCAAGAUGGCGUCAAGAGGGGGAGUGGCGAGAACCUGGCGCCAUACCACCCGAUAAAACCUCAAGGCUUGCUAAUCCUCGGUCAGGAGCAGGACACAUACGGAGGCGGGUUCGACGCCACCCAAGCGUUCGUUGGAGAUCUGGCCAACUUUCACAUCUGGGAUCGGAAACUCUCCGUGGGAGAAAUUUAUAAUUUGGCGACCUGCAGCAGCAAAGCACAAGUGGGCAAUGUUUUCGCAUGGCUGGAAACGAGCCUCGAAAUUUACGGAGGCGCCUCCAAGUGGACAUUUGAAGCUUGCCGCCACCUCAAUUAAAAGCGCGAACGAGGGAAGAGCGACGCUUUGGCCGAGGCCGCUGGGGUCACCGUGUCACGAAAGGAAUUUCAAGGCUCCUGAGGCAAACAUUUCAGUCACUUAAGAUGCUGAAAUUAAAAGAAAAAAAAUGAUGGCAGGCCUUUUUUUUUUUAAACUAGAUAUUCUCUUUGGGAGAAUUCUUGGAUGACGCGCACUUCCAGCAUGAUGCGGUACCGAAAAAGCACGUCAGGUUUCUCUGUGGCUCCGUUUUGAUUGUUUUCACUUCAGAGACCUGUGGAUGCUCAACACAAAUGAAAGAUUGAAGGCGGUCCAAGGUCAUGUCGUCUUUCAAAGCAAGAUGUCCUGCAAUUCAACGAAAACAACUUCCUCGAGGGAGAUUCCUUUUUGUUUUGACUGGAAGGGAUUUUCACUGUGAAAAUGGACAAGGCGGGCAAUGCGUUUUUCAACAGACCACUGGGUUUCCUUCUUGCUUUACGCCGCCCCCCCCCCCACACUCUCCGCCAACUGCUUGAUGUGAUUUUGUGUGAAGG